AGGUGUGACGUCACGUGAACUGCCCGUGUUCGUUCCAGCUGAGCGCGAGGGAGAGAGAAGACUAUCGGACGUGGACGUCUCGCGGCCCAAGCAGACCCAAGCCCGUGCGCCCGUGACUGGAUCCACCGGAUGCAAAAAAAAAGUACAGACAGAAAGAGGAAACGACCUCCUCCUCCUCCUCCUCCUCCCACCCCGACGGACAGCAGAGCGCCACAGCAGAGGAGAGAAACAGCAAUACAAGUUGUCAUCUGACCAACACAGCCGCUGCUCUAGUCGCUGGGUGUUUUUUUUUUUCUGUGUCCCCACGGUUGUUUUGUUUUGACGGAGGAAGUAUUUUUGGGAUCUUCGCUUCUCAAAACUAACUCGGACCACUGCCUCGGGAUCUACACGUUUUAUUUGUGACAUUUUGCUGUGCGUGCAGACUGCGGCUUCUUCUGUCAUUUUCACAGAUUUGCAUUUAAAAAAAAAAAAAAAAAAUAUCAUGGACAGUAUUCCUACUCAGAUGGUCUGAUUGUCCCUCCUACACGACUAUUCCUCAGAGAACAGCUUGGUCUACUCGACACUUUUAACAACGUACAAUGGCAAUGGAAUACUCCGAUGAAAAUAUUUCUUCAAGGAAAUAAGGAACUUUGCACAACAACAAGCGAAAGUCAUCCAGAGUAUUUGUCCUAUUGGUAGGUGCUCAGUCAGCUCGCCUCGCCCCGUCAAGUGCCCCAGGUGUCUCUGCGACCCCGUCUGGUCCAGGAUGUCAAGGCAGCUCUCCCAGCUUCCGACCCCCGACCUCCCAGCUGGAGCAAGCCCGCAGUUUGGAAGUUGUACUCAGCCCGCAGGCUCCCUCACAGGGGGCAACCUCAACGCCAUGGCCGGUCUGAAAUCUCUCCUGCAGCACCCCAUGAAAGGAGACCAGCGUUUAAAAAGCCAGUGUGAUGUGAAAGAUAAAGACAGAUUGGACCUUGAUGAGGACUCGCUUGGAGUGUGCCCCAUGAGGAAUGGCAGUGGUGUCAACAGUAACGGCUGUGGAGGAGGUAAUGGUGGCAAUGGAGGAGGAAAUUUCAACCAGUUCUUGGGGCCGCUCCUGUGGGAUCGCACCCUGCCCGCAGAUGGGGGCCUCUUCCAGCUUCAAUACAUGGACUUGGAGGAGUUUCUGACCGAAAACGGAAUGGGCAGCAUGCACAACAACAACAGUUCCAGUUCGGCCCAGAUCCCCUCGCAGAUCUCCCAAUCAGCAGUACCAAACCAGAGCUCCCAGUGCCUACCGCCCUCAUCUCCACCCCCGUCUUCGUCCUCGUCGCCAUCUUCCGCUUCUUCCCCAUCUCUGAUCGGCUUGGAGGUGGCACAACCACAGAAUCUCGUAGAAGGAAACGACUGUCUGCAUGGGAGUCAGUCGAGUAUGAACGACUCCUGUGAGUCACCUUCAUCCUCCUCUUCGUCCUCCUGUCCACCUCUGCUGACGCCCACGGGCAGCGGUCCAGAUGGGUCUGGAAUGUUUGACAUGGAUUCUUCGGACAUGGCUAUGUCCAGCGGGUCAAGCCAGCAGAACUUUGACCCCAGAAGACACUCCUUCAGUGAAGAGGAGCUUAAGCCACAGCCAAUGAUCAAGAAGGCCCGCAAGAUCCUGGUCCCUGAUAGCUUGAAGGAUGAGAAAUACUGGACCAGGAGAUAUAAAAACAAUGAAGCAGCAAAGCGCUCCAGAGAUGCUCGCCGCCUCAAGGAGAACCAAAUAUCAGUUCGCGCCGCCUUCCUGGAAAGAGAGAACGCCGCGCUCCGUCAGGAAGUGGCCGAGAUGCGGAAAGAGCUGGGCCGGUGUCGCAACAUCCUUAGUAAAUACGAGAACCGUCUGGCUGACCAGUGAUGGCCGCAUGGAGACAAAUCAGGAAGACGAGGAAAAUAAGCUGGAUUCACUUUGAGACUCUGAAUUUCUGGGGUGAUAUGAUGGACAGAAUGGGGUCAAGAUGAUGAUGAUGAUAAUGAGGAAGAGGGUGAUGAUGAUGAUGAAUGUAUAAGACAAGGAGAAGGAUGUGUAUUGAAGCUCAGGUGUCUUGUUCUGUUAAGGUGUCGGCUCUUAAAAGCGAUGGACAGAGAGAAUAAUUUAACAGAUGAAAGAUGUGACUUUUAAGAGUUUUGUUAUUGGAGAAUUGUAUAUUUUUAUAAUACUUCAGAAAUAUUAGAGGGAGAGAAAAUUUGGAGAAUAAUUUUGUAUAUUUUCUACAUGACUGGGACUUAGAGAAGGGUGAAAGCUAUGGUAAAUAUCUUUUUAUUAGAGAUGAGUCAGGACACGUUUAACAGGUGGUGCAGCCAUCGAUGGAUAUUUUUUUGACUUUACUAUAGUCGGGAUGCAGCAGAGGCAGCAGCAGGGUUGAGGACGCAUGUAACAAUUGUAAUAUAGAGAGCAAAAUUAUCUUAAAAAUCGUAUAGUUCAGCAUUUUGUGGAUUUUACUCGAGCACUUAAUUUUUUUUUUUUUUUUUUUUCCUGUCGUGUUUCUUUCACUGGGAAUGGGCAUGCUCAAGAGAGACAGAACGAGAGACACGAGGAGACACCAUGUACACAAUCCAGCGCUAUCCUCAGCACCUGUCUCGACCAGUCUCGUGCAUUCUUUUUUAAUAGAACAACUUCACCCUUUUUAAUUGUCUGUUUUGUUUUUUGUUUUUUUACCCCAACAAUAUAAGCUCUUUGUACCUUGGGUUUAACUUUACGAGACAUUGUUCUCCAGUCCAUACUUGUCUCUUUGACUCUAUCUCUUUUUCACUCUCCCAGUGGAGUGCUUUUAAUCUACUCUGUGCUUUGCCUAAGCUGGUGAAAGCCUGUUGUGAUGCCCUGGGUAACUCUGGUCCUCUUCAUCCUCUCUUUGAAUUGCUCCUGUGUUUCUAUAGCCUACCUCUCUAUUUCUGUCCGCUCGCACUUACGGCAGGUCCCCGCACAGUUGUGCGCGGACCUCUCCCUGCAGCAUCCCGUCCUUGUGACUCUCUUGCGCCUCGGCGGCGCAGGGAGGAGCUGAAACGUUGUAACAUACUCUACAAUAGUAAAUCAGUCUUUCCAAUAAAACGCACAUCGUUACUUUACUGUACAUUACUGAACACGCUUUGACAAGUGUUAUCACAGGGAGGGGGGAGAAAUGUUCUGUAUAUUGGAUAGGUCUAUACCGUUUUGUGUAUUUGAUGUAUUCCAGGAGAUGGGCCGAACGCCCCCGUUGAUUGGAAUGGUGUUCAUUUCUCAGAUUUCUGGGAGAAAUAAAAGCCAAAACAUCCUAAGUUGAUCCACAAAGCUUGUUGCUAUUUAGUGCUUUUUUCAAACUGCUCCUUCUUUACUGUUUACUCCUGUUAUUGCUACCUACUUUUAACUGUAUCUUUGAACUUCUCUGUGUACCCACAACACCCACACAGGGGCAUGGUACACUACAUUAUGUUCCUGGGGGAGGGAUGACUAGUAAUACAGUGUGAUUUGAAUCCCCUCAAUGACCAUGAUGAGUAGUUACCAUUACAGCUGUUAUUGUUAUAAUUAUGAUGAUUAUCCCUCUUAUUGUUGUUGUUCUAUAUUAUUGAAUGUUUUUCUUUCUUUGGACGAACAUGAUCUGUUGCACCUUGAAACAUCUGUAAUCUCCAGUGUUCCUCAGAAAGACUGUUCAAUUGGAAACGAAAACAACCCUCAGUCUCUGCGUUUUGCAUCCUGUCUCAGACCUCCGGACAUUAUUCACUUCUUCUACGGACACUAAUGCCACCUCGGUUUCUUUGACUAUGGGUCAACAUCUUGAACAUGUUGUUCACACAGACUCGUUUUACCGCUUGUGACGCCCUCUUCAGUUCCCCAGCUGUGUACGGACUAUGCACACUAUACUGAUAUGCUCCUUGUUGGUUUAUUUCAGCCUUGAUCACCUCAUUCAGUGAUUGUUUGCUCUCCCAACAGGAUUUAGUCUCUAAUAUCUUCACAGAUGUGUUCGACAAAUCUUUUAGUGACUCUAACUGAUCAACUGUCCUGCUGCAUCAGUAGUGUCCAUGGUGCCCAGCCCUCCAGUCAGUGCUGGUUUAUUUGGAUGUAGUUGAAAUUACCCCAAAAACACCAAUAAAAGAUUGUUCUCAUUCA